AACGGUCAAGGCUCUGCCCGGCAGUGGGACGAUGCCGCGGCCUUGGGGCCGCCUCCUCUUCACCGGCGGCGAGGAAGGCGACGCCACCCUCCGCAAGGUCGACCUCACCGAAGGCGAGCACAUCGUCGGUCGCCGGCCAGAGUGCCUCGUCGUCUACACCGACAACCGCAUCUCCAGCACCCACUUCAAAAUCUCGCUCCGCAACUCGAGCGACCUCGGGAAGCGCGCCUUCGACGUCUGCCUCGAGGACUGCUCUGCGAAUGGCACCUACCUCAACGCUCAGCUCGUUGGAAAGGGCAACUUUUGCUUCCUGUUCCAGCGCGAUGAGAUCGGGCUGCUCAAGCCGUGCGGCGGCGACGAGCAGCCGCCAGCACUCGAGAUCGCCGCGAGCGCAACAAACUACCUUCUCGAGAGACGCACCGCCGACCACUUCCCCUUUCUGGCCACCGACGCGACGCCGCAGCGCGCCGCCAAGGCGGUGCCGCCGCUGUCCGUGUCGGGGCUGAGCAGCUCUGGCCCGACGCCCCUCCCGACGGAGCGCGCCUCCGCAGCCUCCUCCUCCUCCAACGGCACCGCCAAGAAGCGGCUCGGCGGCAUCUUUGGCUCGCGAGCCAGCUCGCGGUGCGACACAGACGAGGCGGCAACGCCGCCGUCGGAGCAGCACUCCCUCGGCGCGGAGUCCGUGGGGGAUGAGUCCUUGGACCUGGUCUCUCGCCAGCUCGCCAUGCUCAACGACCCGAGCCCGACAGGCAUGCACACGCUCAACCACACGCUGCAGCGCGGCUUCAAGUUCCAAGCCGACGCGAUCGCCCUCGGCGGCGUCACGGCGUUCAUGGACGUCAUCGGCGCGACGAUGGCCAAGCCGAAGAAGACGGCGAUGGACUUGCAGGUUCUCGACAUCGCGCUCGACAUGCUGCUCACCACCAGCGCGUCGGAGGAAGGCGCCUCCUCGCUGCUUGACGAGGAGGGCGGCUUCGACAAGCUCGUCUCCGUCCUCUCGAGCCCGGCGCAAAAGACGCGCUCCAAGGCGCUGCAGCUGCUCGCCUGCAUGGUCGUCUACACGGACAAGCCGCUCGUCGAGUCCUCGCUUCGCCGCGCCAACCGGUACGGCGGCGCGAGCCCCGGCGUGCUGCUUGCCUCUUUGCUGCGCGACAAGGAGGGGGCGCUCCCGGAGGCGCAGACGUGCACCGAUGUGGUCACGCUGCUCAACGCACUGGUCGCGUGCUCCGGUAACCCCGCCGCCCUCGUCGACGAGCUCUCCAGCGCCGGCGUCGACGACGCGCUCACCGAGAUCGAGCCGCUCUUCUCCUCCAGCCCCGACCUCGCCCUGCAGCUGCGCGCGCUGCACUGGAAGAAGGUGCAGCCGUCUGGGAAGGGGACGCUCUGGGCGUCGCUGCCGAGGGCGCCCCCCAUCGACGAGGCGGCACUGCGCGAGCUGUUCACCCAGCCGGCGUUGCUCGACGUGAAGCGCUCCAACCAGAUCCAGAUCGCGCUCGCGAAGUUCAAGGGGCGCGGCAUCCUCGCCGCGGUGCUCGCGCUGGACGAGACGGUCCGCAAGCCGAGGACGGCAUCGGACGACAUCGCGCGGCUGCGAGAGUGCUCGCCCUCGGCCGAGGAGGCCGAGAUGCUCUCUCCGUUCGCCGAGGACCCGCGUCUCAAGGAGACGGUGCGGUGGGGCCCUGCCGAGUCCUUCCUGCUCGACAUGACCACCGUGCCGCGCCUGAGCCAGCGGCUCGCCUGCUUCCUGUCGAAGCUCACCUUCGAGCAGCGGAAGAAGGACGCCGAGGCGCAAGUCGAGGCGAUCAACAAGGCGGUCCAGUGCCUGCGCGGCUCGAAGACGCUGCCUCUCCUCCUCGCGCUCGUGCUUCAGCUCGCUGAGACGAAGAGCACCGUCUCCGACGCGCGGCCCGCGCAGACGUCGCUGCUGCACUACGUCGCCCGCGUCGCGCCGGCCGAGAGCAGCAAGCAGCUGCGGCUGGAGCUGCGCGACCUCGAGGAGGCUGCGACGCUCUCGUCCGCCGGCGUGGCCGAGGAGCUCGACGGGCUCUGCAAGGAGCUCGACGCGCUCGGCAGCGAGCUCUCGAGCCCCGAGUAUGGUGGCAAGGGCGACGGGUUCGUCGCCGCGCUCGGCAGCUGGCGCGGGGCGGCGGCCGAGAAGGUGGAGACCCUCCGCGCUAGGGUGGAAGGCAUGGUCUCCGGCCUGCAGCAGCUGCACGCCUACUGGGGCGAGCCGUACGUCGCGUCGGAGGCGGAGGCGCUGCUCUCGCGCAUGUCGCUCAAGCGGGGCGAGUUUGAAAACAUGAAGAAGCUGCAGUCCGAGCUGCAGUCCAAGAUCCAGUCGCGCCGGACGUACACCGCGGGCGCCCAUGGAGGCCGCUAG